AUGACUACGGAGGGAGGCGGCUGGACAGUCAUUCAAAAGAGGAUUGAUGGAUCUACGGAUUUUUAUAAGAAUUGGGUGGAAUACAAAAACGGAUUUGGAGAUCCAUGCAAAAACUACUUGAUUGGCAAGAUUGCUAUUAAUACUUAUCAAGUCUCUGUUGUAGGAGACAGUCUCAAAUUCCACAAUGGAAUGAAGUUCAGCACUUAUGAUCAGGAUCAUGACAGGAACAGCACCGUUAGCUGUGCGACACAAGAUCACGCGUACGGAGCGUGGUGGUACAACGAUUGUUACAAAUCAAACCUGAAUGGGAAGUACGCGGAUUCUGCUUUGCGGGAUAUCCAAUACCCGGCCUGGAAUACUUGGAAAAAUCAUAGAGCAUUAAAAGGGACCUUGAUGAUGGUCAGGCCUAAAUAAGUUGUAAUAACAAUA